UAAUUUUUUCGAUGAGAGUUCUGCUUUCAUUGCAGCACAACACAGCACACACCUUGUUCCCAAACCCUCCUGCCUUCAUUGAGCUCGCAGAAACCUGGCCUCCAUGUCGUCAAUUCCGAACCUUAGAGUGCUUUCGAGCUCUUUCUUUUUUGUUUUGAACUGAGAGAGAUUGUUAUUUUGUUUUUGUAGCAAUUCGAUGUGUACGUGAUAACUCCACCUCAGCGAUCGGAUCCGGGUUCAGGAUCCGGUGAUUUGCGGGUUUACCAAGCGUGGAAUUGUAGCAAUGCGAGUUCUGUUUUCUGUGUCCUUGUUGCCACAAAACUGUUCGAUGAUUUUUCUGAUCACUUGGGGAUAACCAUUAUGGCCGUUGCUGUUGUAUUCACAAUUUAUGAGACAAUGGCGCUGGUGAAUGAUGAUAACGAUAAUGAUAUAGGAGACGGGUUUCCGAUAGGAAUGCGUGUUCUUCUUGUAGAUAACGACCGAGAAAGCAUUUUCAGUUUAGGGACUAUGCUCCGAAGUUGUCAAUACCAAGUAACCACAGCUACAGAUGCAACGACAGUACUGAAGAUGUUGAGAGUGAAGAUGUUGAGAGAAAACAAGUUUGACCUUGUAAUCAGUGAACUACACAUGCCUGAAAUUGAUGGACUUAAGCUGCUUAAGCUCAUGCAACCUUGGAUGGACAUACCUGUUAUAUUGUUCUCCAAUGAUUAUGACAAAAAUUUGGUGAUGAAAGCAGUUACUCUGGGAGCAUGUGAUUAUUUGUUGAAACCAAUUAGAAUUGAAGAGCUGCGAAUAUUUGGCAGCAUGUAUAUAGAAAGAAGAUUAAUUCUAAGAAGAAUGAAGAUCAAAAUAGGAACUCAUCAACCGCUUGCUUGCCUCAAUUAGAGGAAAGAUGAAGAUAAAGAAAUUGAGAUGUCAUCUGAAAAUGGACCCUACAAGUCCUUGGAUUGGAAGAGCUUUGGGAUGGCGACCCCAGAACAAAAUCUUGUUUAAAUAAUCAGAUGCUGAAUUAUUUUCAUUUCUUUUCAUACCUUCCACAAAAUUACUGUUAAUUUCCUAAAUCUCAUUCAAAA